GCUCGGGUUUUUUUCCGUGAGAGGCGCGUUCCGCCCGCGCCUCGCACCAUGUGCCCGCCCAAAGCAGGCGGGAAAGGAGAGGCUCUGCCGGCCAUCCUGGAUCUUCAGCUGUCCGAUUACCUCUCGCUGCUGCUGUGUGGCUACAUCGGGGCCCGCUGCGUGCUGUUGAAAUACCCCGCCCUGCCCCACGCCGGAGGCACCUGGCUGUUGGCUUCAGCAGCUUCCCUGGUCACCGCCUUUGGCGGCGGCACCGGAUAUGCGCUCUUGGCGCGCUGGAGGCGGCCAGGCCGCCCGUUUCGCUUCGCCUGGCAGGACCCCUCAGCCGUGGCUUGUGUGCUGGUGGGCCUCACGCUGGGCUUUCAGCUGGCGCCCGGCUGCUGGGCGGAGGAAGCCUUGGGCAUGGGCUGUGGCACCGCCUUCGGGUACUUGGACGCGGCCAACAACGCGGUGCUCAUCGCCUGGGGGUCCAGCAAGCCGGAAGCCCAAGCGGACUGGACUGGCAAUCCCUGGGCUGGAUACCCUGAAUUUGUGAUGUGGAUUGGCCUGGAAGUUUGA